UUCUAUGUACAUUAUAUUAAUAUAUGCAUCUUUUCUCUCUAAUAAAUACUUAAAAUGAACCAAUGGGAUGAAUUUUCCGGCGAGCAACAGCCGUCUCGGAUCAAACGUUCACUCCAAGGUCCUCGUCCACUUCCUCUUGAAGUCGACGAAAGAACUCACACAAUCAAGAAACUGCCGGCGACGCGUCAACCGGUCAGCAUCUACGCCGUUGCUCCCAAAGUCAUUCACACUACAGCAAAUGAAUUCAAGGGUGUCGUCGAAAGACUCACCGGCAACUUUUCCGGGGACUCUUCUCCGGCGGAAAGUCUUGCGGCGAUCGAAAAAACCAGUCCUUCGGGGAGAGAAAUGGGUAAGUUUCCGGGGAUAUUGUCGCCGGCAAGUUUGCCGCCGAUUUCUUCCGGAAUGUUUGCGCUGACUGCUAGCCAAGCUGAUGUAAUGGAAGUACAGGUAGACUUUCCCGGAGGAAACUAUGGGCUGUUUGACAUUGAAGAGUUACCAGGCCUAAUGAAAAAUGUUUUGGAACAUAAAUUACCAAAGUCAAAAUCUGUAGCAAUAAGGAAUGUCAGAGUUAUGCUUAUAAGGAAGUCCAAACUCCCUGAGAUUCCAGAUAAUCUAAGUUUCCCUGAUCUGGAAAAUUUGAUUUUCAGGAUAUCAAACCUUGACAUGAUACAUCUUCCUUCACUCUUUGAGCGAAUGCCAGCCCUAAAAGUCCUUGAUAUGUCAUACACAAGUAUAAAAGUUUUGCCGCCUUCAGUUUCCAAACUGAUUAAACUUGAAAAACUCGUUUUGCAAUGUUGUGAACAUCUUAUGGAACUUCCACAUGAAAUUGGUGCACUUGGGAACCUCAAGGUAUUGGAUCUUUCUGGUUGUGCAAAUUUGGCUGCAAUUCCUGAGUCCAUUGAUUUUCCUGAGAGUCUCUGUUCUCUGGAUUUAAGAGAUUGUAGAUGUUUGACAAAUCUACCAGAAAGUAUAAGGAAGCUGAGAUCUCUUAAUUCUCUCUCUCUCUCUGGUUGCUCAAACCUACUUGAGUUUCAUGCCUGUGAAGUUUCUAUAAACAGAUUAUCAACUUCCAGACAAGCUGAUACGAUGGAAGUGAAGCUAGACUUUAAUGAACGUGACGGUACUCUGUUCGACAUUACAGAAUUACUUGGUCUAAUGAAAAAUGUUUUGGGAUAUCAAUUAAUGAAAUCGAAAUUUGUAGCAGUAAUGAACCUUAGGGUGAUCCAUAUGACGAAUUUCAAAUCCAAAUUCCCUGAGAUUCCAGAUAACAUUAGCUUCCCACGUCUUGAAGAGUUAUACCUGCAAUCAAACCUUAAUUUGAGUCAUAUUCCCCCUUCAGUCUUUGAGCAGAUGCCGGCCCUUAAAGUCCUAGAUAUGUCAAACACUAGUAUUAAAACUUUGCCACCCUUGGUUUCUAAACUGAUCAAACUUGAAGAACUCCAUUUGCGAUGUUGUGAACUUCUGCUGGAGCUACCACAUGAAAUCGGCACACUUAGGAAUCUUAAGGUAUUGGAUCUGGAAGGAACUGAUCUUGUUUGUUUGCCAGAGGAACUCGGGGAGCUCUUUGAAUUGAAGUGUUUAAAGGUUUCCUUGUGUGAUGCUGAUAGCUGCCGGAAGAGAAAGGAUUUGGUUAAUAUAAUUCCGAGGAAGACAUUAUCAAAGCUCACUCAGUUGGAGGAGCUAAGCGUUGAUGUUGCUCCACAGGAUAUAUGGUUCAAUGCUUCAGCAAAAGCAAUAAUGGAAGACCUGCCUAACCUCAGAAAGCUGAAAACUCUUAAGUUGUAUUUGCCAACUACUGUGCUUUUUCAGAAACUCCUGGAACUCAAGUGGAACAAAGACGAGUUGCCUAUAUACCAAAAUUUAUCAAACUUUAAUUUUAUUAUUGGUCCUCAUGCUCACCGUUUCAUAUCACGUCUACCACGUAACCUUGAAGAGGAGUUCCUGAAACUAAAGAAAUGUCUAAAAUUCAUCAAUGGCAAGGACAGCAUGACUACAUUUUCUGAAGCACUGAAAUACGCCAAUGCUUUGUAUCUAGAUUGCCACUGGACUAUUCAGAAGCUCUCUGUCUUGAAAUUAGAGGAAUUAAAUGAGCUGAAGUUCUGCUUGUUGGUGGAUUGCAAUGAGAUGCAAACCAUUUUUGAUGGUACUGACUUUAAUCACAAGGUAGCUAAUAAAGGAGACACUUGCCAUUCAUUGCAGUAUCUGGCCAUUCAUUACCUGAAGAAUCUAGAGGUAAUCUGGAGAGGGCCUGGUGUUGACUAUUGCUUGCAGUCUUUAAAGGUAUUGGCUCUGCAUAUGUGCCCAAACUUGACUACUAUAUUUACCCAGGUGCUUCUAGGAGACCUAGUAAACUUGGAAGAGAUAAUAGUUGAAGAUUGCCCCAAAAUCAAAACUUUAGUAGAUGCAGACUUAACUCUCCCCAGUUUGAAAAAAUUAUCGCUUUUGUAUCUGCCUGAGUUGGUGAGCAUAUCUAGUGGCUUGAGCAUUGGCCCAAAACUAGAAAGCAUUGUGAUUUACGAUUGCCCAAAGUUGAAAAGGCUUCCUUGUGUGGGAGAGUGCAGUAAGGAGGUGGUCGAAAUUCAUGGAGAGAGUGAAUGGUGGAAUGCUUUAGAAUGGAGCAGCAGCCAACCUUAUACAUUUUCUGAACUAGACAUAGACGGAGAUUUUCUGGAUGAGUUGGCACCAAAGUAUGAAGAUUCCCUGCAUGUUCCGGAUAUCACACAAUGCCAAUCAACAGGGAAGCAAACGAUCAGAACCGAGCCUAGUUCUGCCCCACCAGAAAAAGUUUUAACUUUUUCUCGAAACGAGCUGAGCCGAUUCGAAUCUUCUGACCGAAUUGUAAAAGAGAUUCAAGAUUUGCAGGAUUUAUUUUUAUGAUUAUUUUUUAUGUUUAAAUCAUUAAAUUUAUCUUGAAAUAUGUAUAAAAACAUGUCUCGAUUUUUUUAAUGACAACGGAUUGAAAUUUUUUA